GGCCGAGGCGGGGCUGCGCAACGCGGCCGGGCGGUGCCGCCGGGGCUCGGCAUCCCCGUGACCGCGGAGCCCAAUCGUGGUGGCGCCGGGCCGGGCCGAGCCGUGCUGAGCCGAGCCGAGCCGAGCCGAGCCGUGCCGGGCCGUGCUGCUGGGGUGCCGCCGGCCGGGCACGGCGAGGUGCGGAGGAGGAAAGCGCAGCGCUGCGGGCUCCAUGGGGAUCGAGAGCUUGUGCAGCGCCGAUGCCUCCGAAGCCUUCUGGGAUUGGAAUCUGACAUGGCACACAGAAAAUCCAGACUUCACCCAGUGCUUUCAGAACACAGUUCUAGUCUGGAUUCCUUGCAUUUACCUGUGGGCCUGCUUCCCAGUGUACUUCCUAUAUCUUCGCUGCCAUGACAGGGGGUACAUCCAAAUGUCAAACCUCAACAAAGCCAAAACGGCUUUGGGCUUAAUACUGUGGGUAGUCUGCUGGGCAGACCUUUUCUACUCUUUCUGGGAAAGAAGUCAAAAUAUUUUUCGAGCUCCAUUUUUUCUCAUUAGCCCUACAGUAUUGGGUAUAACAAUGUUGCUUGCCACGUUUUUGAUACAAUAUGAAAGAAUGAAAGGAGUCCAGUCUUCAGGUGUAAUGACGAUUUUCUGGCUCAUCUCAUUGCUAUGUGCCACAGUAAUUUUUAGAUCCAAAAUAAUACUUGCCUUAAAUACGGGUGCUGAAGUGGAUGCAUUUCGUUAUGUCACCUUCUGCACAUACUUCAUCCUGUUACUUGUACAACUCAUACUGUGUUGUUUUCCAGAGCAACCACCUUUGUUUUCUGAGACAGUAAAUGAUCCUAAACCAUGUCCAGAGUUCAGUGCUUCUUUCCUGUCCAGAAUCACAUUCUGGUGGAUCACUGGGUUGAUGAUUCAGGGUUAUCGGAGACCUUUAGAAGCUAAGGAUUUGUGGUCAUUAAAUAAAGAGGACACAUCAGAAGAGAUAGUGCCAGGUUUGGCUAGAAACUGGGCAAAAGAGUGGGCAAAGACCAAGAGGCAGCCAUUAAACAUGUUAUACUCAUCCAAAAGGCAGCAAAAAUCAAGCGACUCAAAUGGUGAUGUGACAGAAGAGGCUGAAGCUUUGAUUAUAAAACCAUCUCAGAAGAACUAUGAGGCAUCUUUAUUCAAGGUGUUAUAUAAAACUUUUGGACCGUAUUUUCUCAUGAGUUUUCUGUUUAAAGCAGCACACGAUCUCUUGAUGUUUGCAGGCCCAGAAAUUUUGAAAUUGCUAAUCAACUUUGUAAAUGACAAACAUGCCCCAGACUGGCAGGGCUACUUUUAUACCGGGUUGCUGUUUGUUUGUGCCUGUCUUCAGACACUGAUUCUUCACCAGUAUUUUCAUAUUUGCUUUGUAACUGGAAUGAGGCUCAAAACAGCUAUUGUUGGUGUAAUUUAUCGAAAGGCACUCGUUAUCACAAAUUCUGCCAGAAAGACUUCUACUGUGGGUGAAAUUGUAAAUCUAAUGUCUGUGGAUGCUCAGAGAUUCAUGGACUUGGCCACCUAUAUAAACAUGAUUUGGUCUGCACCCCUCCAGGUGAUACUAGCAUUGUACUUACUGUGGCAGAAUUUAGGUCCUUCUGUACUGGCAGGUGUGGCUGUUAUGAUCCUUCUGGUUCCUAUAAAUGCAGUGAUGGCAAUGAAGACCAAAACCUAUCAGAAGGCGCAGAUGAAGAGCAAAGACAACAGAAUUAAGCUGAUGAAUGAAAUUCUCAACGGGAUUAAAGUUCUGAAACUUUAUGCUUGGGAAUUAGCCUUCAGAGAGAAGGUAUUAGAGAUCAGGCAGAAAGAGCUCAAAGUCCUAAAAAAAUCUGCUUACCUCGCUGCGAUGGCUACCUUCACUUGGGUUUGUGCUCCUUUUUUGGUUGCCUUGUCCACAUUUGCUGUGUAUGUCAAAAUAGACAAGAACAACGUCUUGGAUGCUCAGAAGGCAUUUGUAUCCCUAGCUUUAUUCAACAUCCUCAGGUUUCCUCUGAACAUGCUUCCUAUGGUUAUCAGCAGCAUAGUAGAAGCCAGUGUGUCCUUGAAGCGCCUUCGGGUGUUUCUGUCACAUGAAGAGUUAGAUCCAGACAGCAUAAUCAGGGGUCCCACCACAGACGCUGAAGGAAGUAUUAUUGUAAAGAAUGCAACAUUUAGCUGGUCCAGAAAUGAUCCUCCUUCACUGAAUAGCAUCAACUUCGCUGUUCCUGAAGGCUCCCUGAUAGCUGUUGUUGGUCAAGUUGGCUGUGGAAAGUCUUCAUUGCUGUCUGCAUUACUGGGGGAGAUGGACAAAAAGGAAGGCUAUGUGGUUGUCAAGGGCUCAGUAGCCUAUGUUCCUCAGCAAGCCUGGGUCCAAAAUGCGACUCUGAAAGAUAAUAUUAUUUUUGGGAGGGAGAUGAAUGAGAGCCGGUACAAGCGUGUGAUUGAGGCUUGUGCACUUCUGCCUGAUAUAGAGAUUCUUCCUACGGGAGACAGAACAGAAAUCGGAGAAAAGGGCGUCAAUUUGUCUGGAGGACAGAAACAGAGAGUCAGUCUUGCUCGGGCAGUUUACUGUAACGCAGAUGUCUAUUUAUUUGAUGAUCCUCUAUCAGCUGUUGAUGCGCAUGUUGGGAAACAUAUUUUUGAAAAAGUUAUUGGACCAAAAGGAAUCCUGAAAAAUAAAACACGGGUUUUGGUAACCCAUGCAGUCAACUAUCUGCCCCAAAUGGAUACAAUUCUGGUAAUGAGUGAUGGAGAAAUCUCUGAGAUGGGCUCUUACCAAGAGCUGCUGAAGCAAGAUGGAGCUUUUGCAGAGUUUCUUCGUACGUACGCGAAUGCUGAACAAAGCAUGGAGAACAGCGAUGCAAAUAGUCCAUCUGGAAAGGAAGGAAAGCCUGUAGAAAACGGAGCGAUUGUGAAUGAAGCCCCUGGAAAGUUGAUGCAUAGGCAGCUCAGCAACUCUUCAACAUACAGCAGAGAGACUGGGAAGUCACAGCACCAGAGCAGCACAGCAGAGCUGCAGAAGCCACUUGCAGAAAAGAAUUCCUGGAAAUUGACGGAGGCUGACACAGCAAAGACCGGGAGGGUAAAGGCAACAGUAUAUUGGGACUACAUGAAAGCUAUUGGACUCUUUAUCUCUUUUUUGAGCAUUUUCCUCUUCAUGUGUAACCAUAUAGCCUCCCUGGCUUCCAACUACUGGCUGAGUUUAUGGACAGAUGAUCCCGUUAUCAAUGGAACACAGCAGUAUACAAAUGUCAGACUGGGAGUGUAUGGAGCACUGGGAAUUUCUCAAGGUAUUGCUGUAUUUGGCUACUCGAUGGUUGUGUCAAUAGGGGGAAUAUUUGCUUCACGACACCUGCACCUUAACCUGCUGCACAAUGUCCUCAGGUCUCCAAUGAGUUUCUUUGAACGUACACCCAGUGGAAAUCUGGUGAACCGUUUCUCUAAGGAGAUAGAUACCAUUGACUCCACUAUUCCACCAAUCAUCAAGAUGUUCAUGGGCUCAACGUUUAACGUCAUUGGGGCUUGUAUCAUCAUUUUACUGGCCACACCUAUAGCUGCUGUCAUUAUUCCACCUCUGGGACUUGUCUACUUGUUUGUGCAGAGAUUUUAUGUGGCCACUUCUCGCCAGCUCAAACGCCUUGAGUCUGUCAGUCGUUCUCCUGUGUAUUCUCACUUCAAUGAGACCCUCCUGGGAGUCAGUGUAAUUCGAGCCUUUGAGGAGCAGAAACGUUUCAUAAAGCAGAACGACGUGAAAGUGGACGAAAAUCAGAAAGCUUAUUAUCCAAGCAUUGUGGCAAACAGAUGGUUGGCUGUCCGGCUGGAGUAUGUGGGGAACUGUAUUGUUCUCUUCGCGGCAUUGUUCGCAGUGAUUGCACGCAACAAGCUCAGUCCAGGACUGGUUGGCCUUUCAGUGUCCUAUUCACUGCAGAUUACAGCAUACUUAAACUGGCUAGUUCGUAUGUCAUCGGAGCUGGAAACCAACAUUGUUGCUGUAGAAAGAGUCAAAGAAUAUGCUGAAAUGGAGAAGGAGGCUGAGUGGAGCAUCGAACAAACUGCCCCAGCAAGCACCUGGCCUGAGGAGGGCAAGGUUGAGUUUCGAGGCUAUGGUUUACGCUACCGGGAAGACUUGGAUUUGGUUCUGAAAAACAUAAAUGUCACCAUAAAUGGGGGUGAGAAGAUAGGAAUAGUAGGAAGAACGGGAGCUGGAAAAUCCUCUCUUACUUUAGGCUUGUUUCGGAUCAAUGAAGCAGCUGAAGGAGAAAUUAUUAUUGAUGGAAUUAACAUUGCAAAGAUAGGACUCCAUGACUUGCGGUUCAAGAUCACCAUCAUUCCUCAGGAUCCAAUAUUAUUUUCUGGCUCACUGCGUAUGAACCUUGAUCCUUUUGACCAACACUCUGAUGAGGACAUUUGGAGGUCUUUGGAAUUGGCUCACCUGAAAAAUUUUGUAUCAGCCCUGCCUGAUAAACUUAAUCAUGAAUGUGCUGAAGGUGGAGAGAAUCUCAGUGUGGGACAGCGCCAGCUGGUGUGCCUGGCAAGAGCUCUGCUCAGAAAGUCCAAAAUCCUCGUUCUGGAUGAAGCCACAGCUGCUGUUGAUCUUGAAACGGAUAACCUCAUACAGUCAACGAUCAAGUCUCAAUUUGAGGAGUGUACUGUUUUAACUAUAGCACAUCGUCUGAACACAAUCAUGGACUACACAAGAGUUUUAGUCCUGGACAGAGGCGAAGUGGUGGAGUGUGGUAGCCCAGACAACCUCCUUCAGGAAAAAGGCAUUUUCUAUAGCAUGGCCAAAGAUUCAGGAUUGGUGUAGGAUUUGAACGUGAUGGGGAAAAAGGAGAUGAUACGUUCAAAGAACUAUGACUUCCCCUGGGCUGGUAUGAAUUGUACAGUUCAGUUUCAGACCUAAUGAAGUCAGCCAGAGCACAGCAAUGGAAGUAACGUAAAAAUGCAAUAUUUUUUUCUUCUCCUUUCUAUUGAUUUUAGCCAGCUUUAGGAGAAGUGCAUGCAUUGUGCAAAAGCACUUCAAAGACUUUUAGUUCUUCUUGCCUGACAUCUGUCAUUAUAUGCUCAAAUAUAAGGUGGAGUGAUUCACCAGAGAAGUUCAGAGAAGCUUUUUCUUUUCAUCUGCCUUUAUGUUCGGAAGCCCCUUUUUGUUUAAAGUAUUUCUGCAAAUGCUAGCUAUUUGCUUGUUUGCUGAUUCCUCAUUUGAUGAGCCAUCUGUUGUGGGAUGCACUUGGAACAUUUUAUGGCAUAUAGUCCUAUAGUCCAAAGAUUUUCUUCUUGUGAAAUAAUGCGUGCCAGAUUUUCUCAUUAUGGCAUUUACUGUACAUGGUUAAUGCUUUUAUGCAUUCUCCUAAAGGUUUCACAUGUGUUUACAGUGUACAGCAGCAAGUUCACCAGACUAUGUCAGUAGUGCUGAUGUGAAGAAGCACAGUCAACUUCAAAACAGUAUUUAAGCAUGUUUGGAAUGACAAUCACUCCAAAACCAAACUCUUGCAGCAGUUGGUAUGUUGCAGUGUGUGGUACCUGGUUUUACACCCGGUUCACUCAGGAAUUCUGACUUGGGUGGAGAAUCCUGGUUAUACCUGGGGGGACUAGACUGAGAAGUCAGGAUUUGCUUGAGCAGAGGUUGCAGGCUCAGCAUGAUACUGAUUGUAAUACCCUUGGCUUUAGGAGUUCUGUGCUUUAAUAAAAGCUCUACCACAUCAAGGACCAUUAGCCUUAUAUCAAAGACACAUGCCCUUCAUGCUGCUGCUGUUGACUCUUAAAUCUUCUGGGAAACUGUUCUGUUACAGUAGCUUAAAAAAAAACAAACACAAAAACCCCCAAAACAAAAAGCCAAGAACUGUGUUAGUUUUUACAUUGUGUGUCAGAGGUGUCUAAGAAUUCAAUCAGCAGAGGAGUCUUAUUUGCAAGAUCUUUGCUUGAAUGUUCAGUUUUUUGUGGAAAGAAAAAAAGUUGCGUUUCUUAUGUUAUAAUUAGUCUUGUAUUAAAGGAAAAUGCUGGAAGAAGGCAAGCUAAUCCAGAUGGACCCAACUGUUCAGUACUCUGAGAAUGUGGACUUGAUGUUGCUGAUAUUAAUGCUAGACAGUUGUCUUCUUUAGAGUAAAGCUAUUUAUUUUUUUGUAAAUUAUGGUUCUGAAAUUGAAUAGACUGAAAUUUUCUUUGGUAUUUUUUUGUAAUGACUAUACAAAUAUUUGCAAAGAACUUGCAGUAAAAAAAGUUUGAAAGAUAAA